UGUAGUGUGGAGAAUAAACCUCGCGCUCAUCAUUGCUUUGAAAUCACAAUUUAGUUGUGUUCUCUUUGCGAUCCUGUGCUGAGAUCGUGUUCAUUAAAUGUCUCAAAUUGGGUGUUUUUAUUAAUCCAAAUACAGUGCAAUAAAUUAAUUUUGUUUUAGAAAAUGCACACACUAGUUGCUGUUGCAGCUCUACUGCUGCUUUUUCUAGGUCAAUCAUCUGGGAAAAUUUUUCCGCUGGGAGUGCAAUAUGAAUACACCGUCAGUAAUGUUGUUGUUAUAAAUGAUCUUCAUGCUGGUGCCAGUAAUUCCUCAAUGGAGCUUUCAACAAGUGUAAAAGUGAAGAAAAUCUGGGAUGCAGAAGGAAGAAAAAUUCUUGCUUUUACCCUCAAUGCACCAACACUCCAUGCAGAUGGCAAGGAGUUGUUUACACUACCAAAGUCAGUAGAUGAGGGAUUUCUUUUGGAAUUCGCGGAAGAAGGAACAAAUAUUUAUCUACUGGAAUCCGAUACAGUGUCAAUGAGAAAUUUAAAAAGAGGCAUUGCUUCGGUGUUUCAAUUCUUCCCAGAAAGUGGCUCAAAAACAGAAAUUGAUAUCGCUGGUGAAUGCUCCAUUUCAUACGAUGAGAUAAGUGAUAGAAUAUUUGUGAAGAGGAAGAUUAAAUGUGCAACAAAUCACAAAAAUAUUCACCAAAGAAAGGAAACUCCUCUUGGAAUUAUCACACCAAAUGCAAGAAACACGGAAUACACCCUCGAUGUGGGAGGAUCUAUUGAAAAAAUCGAAAAUGUUGAAUUUUUCCGGAUUUCUCUAGCUGGAAAUAGAGACAUUGGGGCCACCGUUGAUUCACGUCUAUCACUGAAAUUAAAUGCUCAGAAAGAUGAUGAAGAAUCCAAGAAAAUUUCCUCCUUCGAUGGUGUAUUUGCUGAUUACAAGAACUUUAAGAAAUUUGAAAUUUUCCAUGAACAAGAGGAAAAAUCAAAGGAAAACGAUAAGAUGGAAAAUGUAAUUCAAUUGAUUAAAAAGUUCAAAAAGGAUUUAUCUGGGAAAAAUAUUGGAACUGAAAAACUAUCCUAUACAACCGUCAAAUUAGUUGAAGUAUUCAGAGAGUCAACAGUGGAGGAUCUCGUGAGAAUUCUCGAUGCGCAGAGUAUGAAGAAUAUUAAAGGGCAACUGGUGGAUAUUUUGGGAGCUACACAGACCAUCACAUCUCACAAUGCCGUGAAGAAAGCUCUGGAUUUCUUUAAAGCAGAAAAUUUCCCUUAUGUUGAACGCUACCUUCAAUCUCUAGCAGUUGGAAGUAGACCAAAAUCCGAAGUUAUUGAGGAUCUACUGGAAGUCCUCAAAAGGGACACCCAUGAAAAUGUCAAAUUAACCCAAACUCUUGUUCAGACAAUUUCAUCAAUGGCAAAUAAUUUUGUUGCUCUCUCUGUGGAAAAUUCAAAAACACAAAUCUUCCAAAAUGUUCUCAAUUAUUUCAGAGGAAUCAUUGAGAAAACAUCCAAGACUGAGCGGAAAAUUAUAUUCCUUCGUGGAUUUAUAAAUUUCAAGUCACAAGAAACUAUACCAUUCCUACUGGAUUUCGUCCUCAAGGGUACUAAAUCAGUGUCGACUGUUUCAAUGAAAGCCCUUGUGGCUAUGCCCAGGGAAUAUUUCAGCAUGGAGCAUGUGUAUCAAUUUGAAAAUAUUUAUCAUCAAAAAAUUAAGAAAUUCGACUCGAGCAUAAGAACAAUGGCAGCAGAAAUCCUUCUUGAUCCACUCUUUUACACAACAUCAAUCAGAGAUAUGAUAAAUGCAUUGAAAUUACCAGGAGAUUCAUACGAAGUUAAGCAAUAUUUCAUGCAGAGGCUGCGGAUGGAAUGUGAAAUGAGCAAGGAGUUCCGUGCAUAUGUCUAUGGAAUUAUUCAGCAGGAUCCAACACUCAAUAAUUACAAUAUUUUUGCAACAAGAGGACUAUCAACUGCUCUCUCACGCCAAUUUCUUGCAGCACCGUCUUUCAAUAGUAGCCUAGUUAGUGUGCAAGAAAUUGAUCAGGGGAUCUUGAAACGGGGCAUCGUUGAUAUGUUACUGGAGACGGAAACAAGUAAAUUCAGCUACUUCACAAUUGGACUGUUUGCUGAUGGAUUGACUUCAUUCCUUGGAAGUUCCGAUUCGGAUAAGGAGGAUCCUCAAGAGGAAGCUACCGAAACAACAGCUGGAAUGGAACUCAUAGUUCAAGGAAACUACUUGAGACCUCUUGAAUUUUUCCGUGGCCAAGGAGAAUUGAUGGGUCACGUGUGGAGUGGAACAGCCUCAGAAUUGACUCCUGCUUAUCAAGCAACAACCCUCCUUCAUGAUCACAACGAUGCAAUUUGGCUUCAGAAUGGGCUAUCAGUGACCAUUGAUCUCUUGGGUGCAAUGUCGAUAAACUUGAAUGGUCAAGUAACCAUUAGUAUUUGGUAUCGAAGUGCAAAAUCUCGUGUUUUGCAAGAAAUUGGCCUGGCUGUCUAUGGACGAGUGUCUGUUAUCAAUGACUACGUGAAGAUGGCAAAUGAAUUUGUAAUGCAACAAGAACCUAAACUUGAUCUAGUCUCAGACAUUGAUUUCUCAGGCAAUCCCAUAUUAUGUAUGCAACUAAGUCAACCUAAUUCCGAAGUCAAAUUAACCCACACGAAGACUCUGGACAUCGAGGGGCUUCAGAAGAAGUUUAAGAAUGAAGCACGGACGAAGUACAAAAUUCCAGGAUAUACUCAUGUCCUUAACAGAAAGAACAACGAAAUAUGCAACCAAAUACAUUCCUAGAAAAUGAAAGAAAAUAUAUCGAACAAUUCAGAAGAGAUUUAAGAAAUACUUGUGAUUGAUUAAAUAUUAAAACAACAAACUAA